GCGCUGGGUAUAGCAUAGGUAGAUACUCAUUGUUACGGCGUGUAGAAAAUACGCUAUCACAAGUUACUCUACCAAAACAUACGACGGCGUGUACAGUCGGAGCGGGAAUAUUAUCUCUGAAAAACUUCAUUUGGUACUCUAUAGCCUGAAAACAAAACAAUCAUGGGUCUGUGCAAGAGAGCAGAGAAAGCUGAAAUUACUGAGGUGAGGCCAGAAGACCUGAUGGAUGAUAGCAAGUGUGUUAAGAUGAAGAAGCAAAUAAGCUUGUUUCAAGGUGUUGCCAUUAUUGUGGGUAUAAUUAUAGGCUCCGGAAUCUUUGUAUCGCCGGUCGGUAUCCUACAGAACGUCAGAUCGGUUGGCAUGUCUUUUGUGCUGUGGAUUGUGUGCGGCAUAUAUAAUGCUCUCGGAGCAGUGUGUUACGCCGAACUCGGAACAUCGAUACCGCAGUCAGGCGGAGAAUAUGUGUACAUACGUAGAGCAUUUGGAGAUAUGGCAUCGUUUGUGUGUCUAUGGAUUGACUUUCUCCUCAUUUGCCCCGUGGGUAUAGCGGCUAUGGGCUUGAUGUUUGCGGUAUAUCUGCUGAAACCAAUAUACCCUGACUGUGACAUCCCAGAGACACCACAGAGACUUCUAGCUGCAUUAAUCACUACAUUAUUGAUUGCUGUAAACUGUGUCAAUGUGAAAUGGGCUACACGAGUUCAAGUUGUGAUCACCAUCAGUAAACUGGUUGCCCUGGCUAGCAUCAUUGUGAUUGGGUUUUAUUUCAUUGGCAAAGGUGAGACUGAAAGUUUUCAGAACAGUUUUGAAGACAGUGAUACCAGUGCUGGUGCUAUAGCCUUGGCUUUCUACUCAGGUUUCUGGGCAUACAGCGGAUGGAGUUACCUGAAUUUCCUUGUUGAUGAACUUGUCAAUCCUGUCAGAAAUUUGCCACUUGCUAUAUUCAUAUCGAUGACCUUGGUAAUUAUCGUAUACCUGCUGGCUAACGUGGCGUACCUUGGUGUUCUAUCACCCUUACAGAUGCUCUCGUCACCCGCUGUAGCUGUCACAUUUGCAAGCCAGACGUUGGGACCAUUAAAGUGGGUGAUGCCUAUCUUGAUAGCUAUUUCUGUCAGCGGAACAAUGAAUGGAACAGCUCUAUCUAUGUCAAGAUUGUUCUUUAUUGGAGCUGGAAAUAAUCAUCUACCAAAGUUUGUAUCCAUGAUAAAUUACAAGAGACUUACACCAAUGCCUUCAUUGCUUAUCAUACUCGCGUUAACUUUGAUUUUCCAAAACAGUGGAGACAUUUUCUAUCUGAUUGAAAUGGAAGGGUUUGGUUUUGCUUCAAUUCUUGUGAUGACGUUUGCCAGUCAAGUGUACCUCAGGUAUAAGGAACCAAACUUGGAACGACCUAUCAAGGUGCCCAUAGCAUUACCUGCAGUAUUGUGUUUCAUCAGUUUUGCUAUUGUGAUAUUGACAUUCUAUCAGAAACCUCAUGAAAGUUUCCUCGCCUUAGGUCUUGUAGCUGGGGGUAUUGUCCUGUAUUGUAUAGGUGGAAAAUGGCAGAAUAAGCCAAAGAGUAUACAAGAUAAGAUUGACUGGCUCAACAACUUUAUUCAGAAGCUGUUACUUGUUGUCCCCCCUGCGAAGCCAGAAGAUUUACAGUUCGAGUAAUACACAAUCUGACACCAUACUUGAUCAUUGUAAAAACUUGUUGUUUGUGGAGCUUAUAGAAUGCUGUUGGCUUAAUGUUUUAAAAUCAUUGCUGAAAGGUUUAAAUAUGAAGACAGGAAUAUGGAUAGCACAGUCAAGCAUAAAACAUAAGGAAAUUGGCCAAUCAUAGUUUUUAGCCACCAGGAAAAAUUCUAUGAUUUGACAAUAGUCGAAGUUUUAUGUUUUGGAAUGAAGUAUGGUUUUCAUUUGUGGUAAGGAAUCAAGAUUCCCAAGUUAAACAAAGUGGUGAAGAUGUCUGAUGGCUUGAGAUAUUCCCAAAGCAUUACCAAAGACAAAUUAAUGCUGAUCAGUAGGUCAUUUUGUUGUGUUUUUUUCCUCGAGUUGUUAAUGUAUUGAGUCUGAAAUCGUCUCUUAAUGUCAUAGGGAUAUGAUAAAGUAAGGUCUGAACUGUAGAGACAACUUUAGACCAGUGAGUUUUGUUCUGAAUAGCAUAAAAAUUUAUUAUAUUUUAGUAUAAAUGAUCGAUAUUUUACAGUCAAAGCAUAGUUCUUUUUAGUAGAGAUCUGAUUUGUUAUGACAAUAUUUACCCUACAUGACACUAUGUAAUAGUUAUUUGAUUAAUUUUUAUGUCUGUUUUAUAGAUUAAUAGACAUAAAGCUACAUGUAUAUUUAUGAUUUAUUGAUGAUAUAAGUGUUAAUGGUACUAUUAAAUGAAGUAACAGACUAUUUGUGGUAAUGAAGGUUUUGAAAUUACAAAUUUUUACGAUCAGAUUGUUAGGGUAAUAGCGCAUUGCCUUGUCUACAAAUAAUUUUUAAAUUUUGAGUUUAUCUUUCUUGUAAUAUAGGAUGUUUUACAUUUUGUAUAGGGUAGAUUUUUAUUUUGUAUUUUUUGCAAUCAGUGCUAUGAUCUCUUAAUUGAAUCUCAGAUAUAAAAUCUUGCUAGACCGUGCAACAUGAUGUAGUAUGGGACUCUGUAUUAUCAGCGUAAUUAACGUUUCCUAUAUGCAGGCAUUGAAUUUCAUUGAUGAAUUUAAUAUUUUAUGUGAAGCAGAAUCAAUUCAACUAAUCAUUACAUUUUUUGUUGAAUGAGGUCAAAGAUUUUUAACUUCGCCCUAUACAUGACCGCACAUGACAAAAUACUGAGAGUAUGUUGGAGUAUGUUUAGAGUUGCACCGGAUAACACAGAGUUAGAGUAUACUUGCAUCGCAGUAUUUUUUUCCUGCUGUUGGAUCGAAGGGUGCUUUAUUGCCUCAGCAAUAUUGCUGUUGCAAGUUCUAACAUCUGUGCAAACUUGACAGAAUUAAGAUAUAAAAUGAAAAAAAAAAAAAAAAAAAAAAAAAGGAAAACGAUGACAAAAUAUGACAGUGAUAGUUUAAGACAGUCUUAGUUUAACAUACACCACUUUAAUACCAGAAAUGGAUAUAUUAAGAUUUUUCAGGGAGAAAUAUUUAUCAACGAUUAAGAGAUACCAAAUAGCUAAGAAGAAAUCGAGAGCUAAGUGUGAAACUUUUGUAUCUGGUAUGAAAUGUAGAAGUUACAACUGUCUUGCACUAAGCCCUUGAGAUAUCCAUUCAAUAGUUUAGACUAUUUUACUAGAUUUUUGAUGAGAAUUAUUAAGUACAGACUUAUUGUUGAAAAUUGAAGGUAAAUAUUAGAAAUGGUGUAAUAUUUUCAUUGUUAUUUAACUGAUGGUAAAGCAUUGCAAAGGAAUCAAUGCAAAUACAUGUACUGUGUAUACAGUGUUAAGAAUGAAUAUACAGGGUAAGAGAAAAUCUUGUGUUUUUACACUGACAUCAAUUUAUGAAAAAAUGAUGGUCUGUUGUGCUUGGUAAACAAAAUGGUGCUUUGCCUUUUAUAUAAGUUAGUUUUUAUUGUCUUUUUUCUAUUCUUUAAUGGAAUUAGUCGUAAUUAUAGAUCUUUCAUGGGCAUAUAAAAAAAAGUUGUGUGUGUGUGUGAUUUUCAUGAAUUGCAUCAAGUGCCAAAUAGAUUUAUGGAUGUCGCAUUUAUAAAGUGUUGUUAAUAAUUGGAAUAAUCAUUGAAAAUAAAGGAUAUGAUAGAGUUAAACGGUGCUUCCAACAUUAAUUUAUGAAAAUUUGACUUGAUUGACAGCUUUCUAGUCUAUAAAUACAUCACAUAAGUAUCAAAAAUCCUGAAUUGAAAAAAAUGUGCUUUAUUUUGGUUAAAAUGAUUUUAAGACUCACAAUAUCAAAUUAGGGUAAUUAUUUAAGAGUUAAGGUUGUUACUGACAUGUAACAUAAAUUUAAUGAUUUAUGGAACUUGUUUUAGAUUUAUUGUUGUAUAUUUUACUCUUAAGACAGGGUUUGUUGUUAUAUACCAUGUUACAUUGUUUAUUAAAGUUGAAUUUUUGCCCCGUUAGUUGUACAAAACUGUUACUAGUUAAUAUUUUCUUUGACCUGUCAUAUUAUGAUGGGCAUUUACCAUGCUUUUAUUUGGAACUCUCCAUUGUUGUUUAAAAAGUUAUGUUUCUGGGUAACUUAUUUAAUUUAUUCUUGAUUAUAAUAAACUAUUUUUAUGGUAUUCAAUUCAAUUUAUUCAUUGGGAAAAUUAAAUUGAAUACCUAAAACAAUAGUUUAUUUAAUUUAUUCAUAGGGGCCUGUGGUCGAGUGGUGAAGAUUGUUGACUUCAAAACGCUUGCCUUUUGCCGCUAUAGGUUUCAAGCUUUGCGUGCCUCAUCGGAUUGUACAUUUAGAAAGCUAUCCAGCUAUCUUACGAAUGGUGGUUCUACUCAGGUGCCUGUUUGUGCCUUGAAAAAUGCACGGAGGAGCACCUGAGGUCUUCCUCUAUAAGUAUAAGCUGGAAAGUUGCCAUAUGACCUAUACUGUGUCGAUGUGACGUAAAACCCAACCAAAAAAUAAGUUAUAGGCUAUUGAACUGAAGAAAUAAGAAAAAAAAAUGUUUCAUUAUAUAUAUGUCUUGUAGUAAGUGUAGAAAAAAAUACAUUCUUUCCAUUCCAAAAAAAAAAAAAUAAAAAUAAAUUGCGGUUAUAACUGCUUUUCAAGGAGCGUAAGAUUUUAAUUUGAUUCAUAUGUAUGUUGCAUGUUUUAAACAUGUCUUUUCUGAAGGUUUACAUUUCCUGCAAUUAUUUCUCUAUCACUGAUUAUCAUUAAUAAUUGUAAAGGAGUUGGCAGUUACUUGUGGGGAAAAGAUCUGACUUUGUUAAAAAUCAUGGUUUAAGUUGUUAAUAAAGAUAUUAUAAAGUUCAUUCUGUUUGGCAAGAUAAUAGCAUUUAAUCAUUCAAGCGCCUUGUCCGGUAUAUACCAGAAUACGUUAUUUAAUGUGGUGCUCCAAUCCUUUUUUUAGUCUCACUCAUUUGGUUAUGUCCUCCCCAUAUAACAGGAGUUGUUUAAGAACCUUAAUCUAGUAUAGACUGUAGUAUCUUUUAUUGAUUGUUAGACUUUAGUUAGCACAUAUGACUAUUCUGUUUGACAUUUUAAGAUUGUUGUUGUUGAUGAAUGCUUAACAUGAAAUAUUGAUUCAAAAUGCAUUAUGAAUUAUUUGUGUAUUAUGAUUUUCCUGUUUGUACUAAGUUUUUUUUAGGGAAAUUAGUUAAAAUGUAUGUUUUUUUAACACUGUCAAUGUUACACUGUCAAUGUUAAUUUAAGUAAGAUCUUGACCCAGUUUUUGUUUUAAGCCAUCAUUUGUUUAGGUAUCUGCAUCACAGGAAUAUCAAAUUGAGCCCGUAACACUAGACAGGAAAAUUUUGACUGGCGCAAUGCUGUACUGGCUGCAAAAGCAGAUCAUUAUUUAGGCUAUUAGGGUUCAGAAUUUAUGUCAAUGAAAUUGUUUUGAACUGGGAUUGAUUUUGUUGCUGUCUGUAUACUAGUAUGUUUGUGUACCUGUUUUAUUUAACUUUUGUUUAUCCUUUUGGCAGCUAUUUAUCUAAAUGUUAUUGACUUAUCAGCCUUUAUUAGUGAGUACAAGGGCGUGAAAUCUUAAUUAAAUGUAAUUGAUUUGUCAGCCUGUAUUUGGGAGUACAAGGGCAGUAAAUCGUAAUGAAAUGUAAUUGAUUUGUCAGCCUGUAUUUGGGAGUACAAGGGCGGUAAAUCGUAAUGAAAUUUAAUUGACUAUAAACCUGUAUUAGUGAGUACAAGGGAGGUAAAUCAUAACGAAAUGUAAUUGACUUGUCAGCCUGUGUUAGUGAGUACAAGGGAGGUAAAUCUUAUUGAAAUAUAAUUGACUUAUCAGCCUUUAUUAGUGAGUACAAGGGAGGUAAAUCAUAACGAAAUGUAAUUGACUUGUUAGCCUGUGUUAGUGAGUACAAGGGAGGUAAAUCAUGAUGAAAGUCUGAUUGAGUAAGUGUCACUGUUGGUGAGAUAAUUUUAGCAUUACUUUGUUUAAUUAGUAUGUGUUUCAUUGUAUAAUGAUAUGUGUCACAUUUUAUAUUGCAAGUAAGGCAUUCUUAAACUUUUUUAAAGGUUUAAUCUUAACAAACUCAGGCAACCAAAUAGAUACAAGACUUAAGUAUUAGUUAAAUUUUACUGUUUUUACUUUGAUUAUCAACUACAAUAUAAGCAUAUUAAGUACUAAAUUGCUAAAUGGUUGUAGAAUCUUUAUAUUGUUUCUCUAUUCUUUUAUAGUAACAACCAAAAAGUAGUGAGUCUGAAAGUUUUUUUACCAACCAAUAUAAUUCAUUAGAAUUUUUGCAAAAUCAUCACCUAAGUGCAGUAACGGGUUAACUCUUAAUAAAUUAUAUAGGGAGUAAACCUGUCACUGCUCUAAGGUCACAAUAUGUGGUAUUUACUUGUCAGGGUAGGUAUAACUUCACAUAUUUCUUUAAUUUAUACCUUUUUCAUUUAUGAAAUAUUGAUGAAAAAAAAUGCAUUUAGUCUAUGAGAAAAAGCAUUGAGAUGUGUACAAUCAUUGUUUAGUUUUAUACAACUUGUUUAGUUUUGUGCUUUAGUUUUGAAUAAUGAAUUGAUUGAGUACAUUACUUGAAUUUUGAAAACUGCUGAAUUUCUUUAUGAUAUAAUUUAUAUUUACUGUUUUUAUCUGACAAUGUCACCUUUGCUUGUAUUGUUAAAUCAAUUUUGAUUUUUAUUUGUACUCUUUUGACUAUUACAAAACAACUUUUAACAUAGCAUGUAAGUAAAAGCAUGUUUCUAUAUUUUUCUCAUCCAUUAGUAAUCAUCAGUUAAUGAAAUGAAUGAUACCAUUCUGCCCUGCUUUAUUUUGUGUAAUGGACAUGGCCUGCUUUGAAUUUGGAUAUAAUAGGGAGAGCUAUUGUACUCACCCUGGUGUCUGUGUUCCACUAUGGUUAAAGUUUUUGCAUGCAAGUUGGUAUCUCCAAAACUACUACAAUUUCCCACACUUGUUCUCUGUGAUUAUCUAUCAUGAUUGGCACAGGUCCCAUAACUCUUAAGAUAACUUUUCACAGAGUUAUGUUCCUUUCCUUACUGUCAAGCACAGACGGAUAAUAGUGGAGCAUGCUGUCUCACGCACAGCUCUUGUUAAACUACGCUUUGGCAGUAUUGAUUCUGGCAAAUGUGUGUGUAUAUACAGACUGAUCUAGCUGUAUGCAGACAGGCUAAAGCUUUGUUACGAUUUUAUCAUCACUGAAAUAUUAAAACUAACAUUCUGGGUAAGGCAACAGUAUACAUAAUUAUAGGUUAUCUUGUGUUUUUAUUGUUGAUAUCAAAUAUGUGUACAACUUAAAACAUUUCAUGAUCACCUUUUCUGUGCUAGCAAGCCGUCAUGGUUUGUAUUCAACUAUUGUAAUUUUUUAAUUUCCCUAAAUUUCCCUUAUUAGCUCACCUGUCACAAAGUGACAGGGUGAGCUUUUGUGAUCGCUUUUCGUCCUUCCGUCGUCCGUCCGUAAACUUUUACUUUAAAUGACAUCUCCUCAUAAACCACUAAGCCAAUUUCAUCCAAACUUCACAGGAAUGUUCCUUUGGUGGUCACCUUUAAAAAUUGUUCAAAGAAUUUAAUUCCAUGCAGAACUCUGGUUGCCAUGGCAACUGAAAGAAAAAAACUUUAAAUAUCUUCUUUUAAAAAACCAUAAGAGCUAGAGCUUAGAUAUUUGGCAUGAAACAUCUUCUAGUGAGUGUCUACCAAGUUUGUUCAAAUAAAAUCCCUGGGGUCAAAAUUGGUCUGCCCCAGGGGGUCAUUGAUUUUCCCUAUAUGCAUAUAGUAAAAACUUAAAAAUUCUUCUUUUAAAGAACCCAAAGAGCUAGAGCUAAGAUAUUCAGCAUGAAACAUCUUCUAAUGAGUAUGUACCAAGUUUGUUCAAAUAAAAGCCCUGGGGUCAAAAUUGGCCCCGUCCCAGGGGGUCAUUGAUUUUCCCUAUAUGCAUAUAGUAAAAACUUACAAAAUCUUCUUUGAAAGAACUCAAAGAGCUAGAGCUAAGAUAUUCAGCAUGAAACAUCUUCUAAUGGGUGUCUACCAAGUUUGUUCAAAUAAAAGCCCUGGCGUCAAAAUUGGCCCCGCCCCGGGGGUCAUUGAUUUUCCUUAUAUGUGUAUAGCAAAAACUUAAAUAAUCUUCUUUGAAAAAACCCAAAUAGCUAGAGUUUAGAUAUUAAGCAUGAAACAUCUUAUAGUGAGUGUCUACAAAGUUUGUUCAAAUAAUAGCCCUGGGGUCAAAAUUGGCCACGCCCCGGGGGGUCAUUGAUUUUCCCUUUAGCAUAUAGUAAAAACUUAAAAAAUCUUCUUUGAAAAAACCCAAAUAGCUAGAGUUUAGAUAUUCAGCAUGAAACAUCUUCUAGUAAAUGUCUACAAAGUUUGUUCAAAUAAAAGCCCUGGGGUCAAAACUGGCCCCACCCCAGGGGUGUCAUUGUUUUUAACUAUAUGUGUGUAGUAAAAACUUAAAAAUCUUCUUUUAAAAAACCCAAUGAGCUAGAGCUUAGAUGUUUAGCAUGAAAUAUCUUCUUAUGGAUAUCUACCAAGUUUGUUCAAAUAAAAGCCCUUGGGUGAAAAUUGGCCUUGCGGGGGGGGGGGGGGGG